CACUUUGCCUCCUUCUUAACAAAAAUCACACAAAAUACAGUAACAACUCUCCACGAGAUACUUUUUUGUGCACCCAUAUGUCUCUUUGUCGUCAGCAUUCGGAAGGUAUGUAGAUAGACAGGUCCAAGCCGUUAGUUCAGUGAACGCUGAGGUCAGCUUACUGCAGGAAGGAGGAGAAGAAGGGGGAAGGAGGAAAACUUCUCCCGUAGAGCGGUUUUGGACAGUUUUAGAAGUGAGGGUUGAGAAAAGUACAGGACUUACUAGACAACACCAAAACGCGCGGCGCACAUCUGCAAAAACCUAAAAAGGCAUAACUCCACGAAGAAGAAAGAAAAAGCAAGAUAUCGAAGAAGAGAAACAAGCCUCGAACACGUGUCCCGGCUCCAUGAGACGCUGAGGAAUGAGCAGUCGCCAUGGAAGCCCAGCCCCAUGCCAGUUCCGCAGCUGAGAAGAAGAAGAAGGUGGAGACCAUCGUGGCCAGCAAGGGCUCCUCUGGCCGCACCGACGUCAGCGAGAAGGCUGUGGCCUCCAGCACCACGUCCAAUGAAGAUGAGAGCCCGGGGCCUCCUUACCACCGAGAAAGACGCAACGCCAUCGCAACACAGCUGUCCCCCACCGGCCCGUCCAUGGCCAAACUCAACGAAGAGCCCUCCACCUCCACGGAGGAGCGGCCCUCACUGGUGAAGAAGGAGACGCACGGCUCGCUGCCCCACCUGGCCGAACACGCCCUGCCCUACCGCGGCACGCUCUUCGCCAUGGACCCCCGGAACGGAUACCUCGACCCCCACUACCCUCCUCCACAGUUCUUCCCUGCCUUCCACCCCCCUGUGCCCAUCGACGACCGCCAUGCUCAGGGGCGCUACAUCUACGAGCCUUCCCCCGUACCCCCGCUUCACGUGCCCCCCUCGCUGGCCGGCAGCCCCGCGUUUUCAGAUAUCUCCCUCAUCCGAAUCUCUCCCCACCGGAACCCGUCGGUGGGGGCUGAGUCCCCGUUCAACCCGCCACACCCGUACAUCAACCCGUACAUGGACUACAUCCGCUCUCUCCACAGCAGCCCCUCCCUCUCCAUGAUCUCCGCUGCCCGGGGCCUGAGCCCAGCCGACGCUCCCCACACUGGUUUGACCACCGCCGAGUACUACCACCAGAUGGCGCUGCUAGCGGGCCACCGCAGCCCUUACGCCGACAUCAUCCCCUCCGUGGCGUCCACAGCCGGGGCGGGGGCCAGCGCCCUGCACAUGGAGUAUCUGCAGGCCAUGGAGGGGUCGCGGUUCCCCAGCCCCCGCCUCACGGCCCGCCCCAGUCGCAAGCGUGCGCUGCCCAUCUCCCCGCUGUCGGACCACAGCUUCGACCUCCAGACCAUGAUCCGCACCUCGCCCAACUCGCUGGUCACCAUCCUCAACAACUCCCGCUCCAGCUCGUCCACCAGCGGCUCCUACGGACAUCUCUCUGCCGGCGCCAUCAGCCCGGCGCUGAGCUUCGCCUACCCCCCGACGCCCGUGGCCCUGCAGAUGCACCAGCAGCUCAUUGGCCGGCAGCCCGGAAUGGUGGGUUCGGCGUUCGGCCACAGCCCGCCCCUCAUCCACCCGGCGCCCACGUUCGCCGCCCAGCGGCCGAUACCGGGCAUGGCGCCGCCCGGCCUGGGGUCCUCAGAGCGGAGCGUCGCCCCCACGGACUCGUCGCAGAGCAAACCCACGAGUGAGUCGGCAGUCAGUAGCACAGGGGACCCCAUGCAUCACAAGCGCUCCAAGAUCAAGCCGGACGAGGAGCUGCCCAGCCCUGGAGCGGUGAGCGUGCAGGACCAGCCCGAGGGGAUGACGCUGGUGAAGGAGGAGGGAGACAAGGACGAGAGCAAGCAGGAGCCUGAGGUGGUGUACGAGACCAACUGCCACUGGGAGAGCUGCUGCAGGGAGUUUGACACGCAGGAGCAACUGGUGCAUCACAUCAACAACGACCACAUCCACGGAGAGAAGAAGGAGUUUGUGUGCCGCUGGGAGGAGUGCUCCCGGGAGCAGAAGCCCUUCAAGGCCCAGUACAUGCUGGUGGUGCACAUGCGGAGGCACACCGGGGAGAAGCCACACAAGUGCACGUUUGAGGGAUGUGCCAAGGCCUACUCACGGCUGGAGAACCUGAAGACCCACCUGCGCUCCCAUACCGGAGAGAAGCCCUACGUCUGCGAGCACGAGGGCUGCAACAAGGCCUUCUCCAAUGCCUCGGACCGUGCCAAGCACCAGAACCGCACGCACUCCAACGAGAAACCGUACAUCUGCAAAAUCCCGGGCUGCACCAAGCGCUACACGGACCCCAGCUCCCUGCGCAAGCACGUGAAGACCGUGCACGGUCCCGAGGCCCACGUCACCAAGAAGCAGCGGGGAGACUCGCACCCCCGGCCCCCUCCACAGCCCCGCGACCCCGGCAGCAACGGCACAAGCCGGUCCCCGGGACAGCUGCCGCUGGGCGGUUUCGCCGACCAAAGGGACUACAACCACGCUACCUCAAAGCAGGACGAAUGUCUGCAGGUCAAGUCCAUAAAGACGGAGAAGCCCAUGGCGUCUCAGCCAAGCCCUGGCGGUCAGUCUACAUGCAGUGACCAGUCCCCCCUCAUCGGCGGCCAUUCCGGCAGUGGAGUCCGGCUUGCUCUGAGCGGGGGCGCCGUCGCGGAGGAGGAAGAGGAGGACGAGGACGAGGAGGAGGCGCCCAUCAUGGAUUCCACCGUGUCCACCGCCACCUCCGCCACGCUGGCUCUGCUGGCCCGACGGGGCGUCUCGCAGCCUCUGCGCUGGAUGGAGCACGUCAAGAUGGAGAGGCUCAAGCAGGUCAACGGCGUGCUGCCCCCCAGGCUGGGCCCGCACUCCCCCACACCGCCCCCCAAAGGCCCCGCGCUGCCUCCCGUCAUAGGAAACGGUACAUACCAAGGCCGGAGUAGCUGUGUGGGGGUGCCCCAGCUGUCGAGCGCCGACCUGACGGUGCUGAGCCUGCUGAAGGAGCGGCGGGACAGCGGUGGCAGCACGAUCAGCUCGGCCUACCUGAGCAGCAGCCGCCGGUCGUCGGGCAUCUCGCCCUGCUUCUCCAGCCGCCGCUCCAGCCAGACCUCGCAGCCCGAGGCCGGCCAUCACCGACGGCAUCACAACGCCAGCGCCACCGACUCCUAUGACCCCAUCUCCACCGACGCCUCCCGCCGCUCCAGCGAGGCCAGCCAGUGCGGCGGGGGCGGGGGAGGAGGGGCUCCCUGGGGCGGGUUUUGCGGGGGGUCAGGGGGCAUGCUGAACCUCACCCCAGCGCAGCACUACCGGCUCAAGGCCAAGUACGCAGCAGCCACCGGCGGGCCCCCUCCGACGCCGCUGCCCAACAUGGAGCGGAUGAGCCUGAAGACCCGCAUGGCCAUGAUGGGCGACUGCCAGGAGGGCGGCGGCAACCAUUCGCUGCCCCCUCUGGUGGCUCCACGCCGGUGCAGUGACGGCAGCUCCAACGGCUACGGGAGCCACGGCGGGUAUGGGGUGUACGGUCGCCGGGGGCUCUUCCCCCACGAGGCCCCCACCAAUGUCGAGAGGAGAGCCAGCGACCCUGUUCGGCCGCACGCCCACGACCGCUUCAACCUACCCUGCAUCCAGCGCUUCAGCAGCCUCAACAACAUGCACCCCCUGCCCCCGCUCCACGCUGAGGGGCAGGGUCUGAGCCCACAGAGCUACACGCGCUCCGACGGGAACCUGCGACGGGGUCCGGCCUCGCCCCGCCCGGCCAGCAUUAGCGAGAACGCGGCACUCGAGGCCCUCGCCAUGGAGGAAGGAGGCGGCCUGCUGUGUGACGAGGACAUGCUGCCCGAUGACCUGGUGCAGUACCUCCGCUCCCAGGGCCAGGGGGGGCUGUACGGCCCACCCGCAGGUGUCCCGCUGGGCCCCCAGCCUCCCGGGAACCUUGCCGACUUCGACAUGCCGCAGGGGAAUCCGCUCAGCCAGUCCUGCCAGCAGCUGCCGGGGGAAGACCCCGGCAAAGACAUCUUGCCCAUCCAGUGGAAUGAGGUCAGCUCGGGGAGUGCCGACAAGUCGCCCCAGAAGCUGCAGCUGAGGUACGGGAGGUGGCCGGCGUCGGAGCAGAGUGCCUCCAGCCGUCCGUUCGGCACAAACGGCAACCUGAUGGUGCAACAGCAGCUGCCCCGCCACCCGCCAGUGUCCAGGGACUUCCAGGAGCAGUGUGCCCCGCAGCCGGGCGGGUUCCAGCAGACGGGGGUGUUCAGCGGUGGUCAUGGUGGCCUGGGAGGGAGCGGCAGGGGGAUGGUGACGCAACGGCAGCCCUGCAGGGCAAGCUCUUACGCCGCCUGCCCUGAGAUCCGGCGGGUAGGCCCACCAUCCACACACGGCUUUCCCCAGCACGACUUCCCCCAGGUGGCCCACACGCGACCAGCCUGUCCAGGCCCGCAAGCGAGCUUCCAGCAGAACCGUCCCAUGGGUCAUCAGCAUGGCGACGGCAUGCUCUUCCCGGGAGCCAGCGACCCCUCCCAUUCUUCAGAACUUCGCCUCCAUGCCCAGGCCCCGCCCAGCAGCUGCAGGGGCUCUGGCAAGCAGCAGCUGUACCUCGGGAAUGGCGCCCCAGGCCAGCAGCAGUGCUCCAGGACCGAUAGCACCAUGAACGGGUCUCUAUCCCUCCAGGUCUCCGGGCUGAAGCUGGAAGCGGCCGACCACCUCCAGGCAAACCCCUGCUCCAUGGCCCAGCAGCCGCAGGCCUUCCUUGAGCAAGGCUUCCAGGACCAUGGCAUGUGCUUUGAAGCACAGGACAUCAAGGAGCCCCCCUUCCCAGACGCGGACGGCCCAUGCCUCCUGAGCAUGAUGUCCACAGGGCCCCCAGGUGUUUCGGACGUCCUCUCCCCAGGAGCCGACCAGGUGACCAGCACGGUGGACAGUGGGGCCAGCCUCCUGGACAGCGUCGCGCUGGACUUUGACGCCAUUUUGGACGAUGGGUAUGACCAAGGAAGCAUGACUUCAGGGGUCUUGAGCCCCGGAAUCUUCCAGAACCUCUCCCGCAACUCGUCCCGCCUCACCACCCCACGCACCUCCGCGACAUUCCACAGCGUUCCCACCGGACUGAACAACAUGGCCAUCGGGGACAUGAGCUCCCUCCUCACCAGCCUGGCCGAGGAGAGCAAGUUUCUGGCCAUCAUGCAGUAGCUGUUCUGUCCUACGGGCAAGCGCUAGGAAAACGAAAAGGGACACGAUUUAAGUUACAAAUCUGAAAAAAAUAUAAGCAGAUCUAUUUUAUACCCAUCUCAUCUCUGAGAAGCAGGGAUGUGUCAAACUUAUUAAAUAUUCCUUUUAUGGAAUUAAGGCUAUUUUUUGAAAAAGACUUCUUUUGUAUUGUUUUAUUAAAAUGACACAGGGAGACUGCUGUUUUCCACCUGUCAGUUUGAAACAGUAUUCUGUGUAUUGUCACCGGUUUUUGAUGUAAAAUGUUGGUAUAAAUGCAUGUGGUAAACAAAAUCAAAUGUAAACAUCGUCUUUGUUAGUACAUAGGCUAAUCCAUUUAACAAUGUAUGUUACCAAUUUACCAUUAGCUGAUGGUAAAAUUAAAUGGACACCUGCUUAGAAGUCUUCUUGUCAACAGGUUAAAACGGGUUAUAUAUUGCAGUCAACUGGCCCCAAGGUUAUAUUUAUCUGAUUUAUUGUUUGCUUUGCUUUAUACUUUUAAUAUCUUUGUUUUGCCUGUUUUUUAAUGUUUGCCAAAAUGUAGAAGUCAGUGUUUUGGUGGCUGUCCAUGUCCCCCAGGUGAUGUGGUUUUAUGACAUUAUAAUUAGUCCAAAAAGGCCUAUUCGGUAAAAAAUCAAUCAUCACAGAUCUCAUAAAAGACCAUUGCUGUGUGAUUGAACUGCUACGUUUACACUGUCUGUGUAUGUAUUUGCAUGUAUAUAUUUUUUUACGUUUGUGACAAUUUUGUACUGUGUGUAUGUGUGUGUGUGUGUGUGUGUGCAUAUGUACGUGUGUCUGAGCGCAGUGUUUGUGUCACCUCAUUACCAUUUUAGAAUUUGCUUACGUCUUCAGUAAUAAUUGUUCUUGUGCUUGGAUAAUUGAGACCAUUUUAUAUGUAAGUGCCAUGUCUUCUGAAAAGACUGCAUUUAUUUGUGAGCACCUUGAGAAGUAUUAAUUCAAUUUAUACAGGAAACAGGAAGUCAGACAUUUGAAAGCCACAUUUACAUAUAAUUUUCAUGAUAUGCUUUUUGAACAUGUCACCUUUGUUACAUUUAUUAACAGGAAUUCAGACCCACCCAAACACAUGCAGAGGUCCAGUGUGUGGCUGCAUGUAACUAAAUGUCAGUGACAGAGAAUGCAAUACUGAUUUCUGUGUGGUUUGUUCAGCAGUUUAUCCACUCAGCUAAUAGUUUCAGUUUUUGCCAUAUAAAGGUCUUUUAGUCAGAUAUUUUAUGGUAUUGAUUAGAAACUGUCUGGAUUCUGUUACACUACAAUACAAUACCUCCCUCACAUCACUUUAAGUGACACAAAAAGACUUGAUUAUGAAGCGUACUGAGUCAAUCUAAUGAUCAGGACUUUUGUUGAUAGGUAUUGCCGCUAGAGGACAAAGACAAGAAUUGGUAGUGAAAUGCUGCGGCAGAUAAUGCAUUCAGACACUACGUAUUGAUUUGAAUGUUUUUCAUCAUAACAGAAAAGGUACUGUUUGUUUUUGUAUUGUAAACUUAGGCUUUUUUGUAGUCUGAAAACUUCAGCAACAUGCUGAAAGUGGUAUGAGGUUGUCCCCUGUAAAGAGGACUUGAGGAAGUGUUCAUAAGGUAUGUGCCUUAUCUCUGUCUGUCGCUUGAAAUAAGGAACACUGCCAAUCUUCCAUGGUUAAGUAUUAAAAAAAGAUUUAUAGAAUACACAAAAUAAUAUACAAUUUAAAAAAAAUGUUCUGUCUGUUGGGGAAUUCCAGGGGCAAAACAUGUAAAAUACAUCAGAUUUUUCAUUUUAGAAAUUUUUCUUUGUGAAAAACGAAAAAAAGAUUUUCAAGUUAUGACAUUUUUUGCCUUUGUUGUAUGUCUGUAAAUACAUUAUCCUUCUGUAGGUUUAGUUGAGACAUGAAGAGGCCUCACAGGCCAAAAAAGCAAUUACUCCUAUAGCAGGGCUCCUGUGGCCCUAGUCUUAGUCCAGGCAGGAUCGGCUCUGUAGCAGAGGAUGCAUAAAGCAACUGUUUGCCAGCAGAACCACUUAGCUCUUUUGUAACUGACAACAAAAGUUUGUAUGAUUUUAAUAAAAAAAGGAAAUUUGAAACCUCA